UUAUCUUCCUCCGCUUGUCUUUAACCACUUUUCACUAAAACACAACUCUUCUCUCUUGCCUGUCGGUCGUUAAACGUUUCGCUUUCUCCCUCACUCCCACUCAUUUAUUGUACACAUACAUGUACUACCCCUUCUGUCUUUCAAUCUCUGUAUAGAUCUAACCCUCAUUCACCUCAGCUCCUUUUUCAGGCAACUGCCCAUUUCUAUAAUGGCCUCUAAGCAUAAUUCAUCGGCCAUCAGGACUCGAAGCCCUCUGUCUAUAUUCAUUGUGAUUGUUUUGUGCUGUUUCUUUUACCUACUGGGUGCAUGGCAGAAGAGUGGUUUUGGAAAAGGAGACAGCAUAGCUUCAGAAAUAUCCAAACAAACAGACUGUAACAUCUUUACCAAUUUGAACUUCGAAACUCACCAUAAUGAUGUAGAGAUUGUUGACCCUUCUGAGUCAAAGAUCCAAGUGUUUAAGCCUUGUGAUGUUAAAUACACAGAUUACACUCCUUGCCAAGAGCAAGACAGAGCCAUGAGAUUUCCAAGGGAGAACAUGAUAUACAGGGAAAGACAUUGUCCUCCUGAAGAGGAAAAAUUGCACUGCCUUAUCCCAGCUCCUAAAGGGUAUAUGACCCCAUUUCCAUGGCCAAAGGGCCGUGACUAUGUACACUAUGCUAAUGUUCCACAUAAAAGCCUGACAGUUGAGAAGGCUGUUCAGAAUUGGGUGCAGUUUCAGGGAAAUGUGUUCAAAUUUCCCGGUGGAGGAACAAUGUUCCCACAAGGUGCUGAUGCAUAUAUUGAUGAACUUGCAAUGGUUAUCCCAAUUAAAGAUGGUUCAGUCAGAACAGCAUUGGAUACUGGAUGUGGAGUUGCAAGCUGGGGGGCAUACCUGCUCAAAAGAAAUGUAUUGGCAAUGUCCUUUGCUCCAAGGGACAAUCAUGAAGCUCAGGUACAGUUUGCUUUAGAGCGUGGUGUACCUGCUGUUAUUGGCGUUCUUGGAUCAAUACAUCUUCCGUACCCAUCAAGAGCCUUUGACAUGGCUCAGUGCUCUCGUUGUUUGAUACCAUGGACUGCAAACAAUGGUAUGUAUUUAAUGGAAGUUGAUCGAGUUCUCAGGCCUGGUGGAUACUGGAUCUUGUCUGGACCUCCAAUUAAUUGGAAGACAUACUACAAAACCUGGAAGCGGUCCAAGGAAGAUCUCCAGGAUGAGCAAAGAAGUAUUGAAAAGCUGGCUGAAUCUCUUUGCUGGGAGAAAAAGUAUGAGAAGGGAGACAUUGCUAUCUUUAGAAAGAAAGUAAAUGACAAAUCCUGCAAGAGGAGUUCUGCCAAUAUAUGUAAAUCAAGGGAUGCUGAUAAUGUCUGGUACAAGGAGAUGGAGGCAUGCACUACUCCUUUCCCUGAGGUAUCCAAUGCAAAAGAAGUAGCUGGUGGCAAAUUGCAGAAGUUCCCAGCUAGGCUUCUUGCUGUCCCUCCCCGAAUUGCUAAAGGAGAUAUCGAGGGAGUAACAGCUGAAUCUUACCAAAAGGAUAACAAAGUAUGGAAGAAGCAUGUAAAUGCUUACAAAGGGAUGAACAGAUUAAUUGGCACUGCAAGGUACCGAAAUGUGAUGGACAUGAAUGCUGGGCUUGGGGGAUUUGCAGCAGCACUUGAAUCACCCAAAUCUUGGGUGAUGAAUGUGGUGCCUACAACUGCUAAGAACACUCUUGGUAUUAUUUAUGAGAGAGGCCUGAUUGGAAUAUACCAUGACUGGUGUGAAGGAUUUUCAACUUACCCGAGGACAUAUGACCUCAUUCAUGCUAAUGGUGUAUUUAGCUUGUACAAGAACAAGUGUAAACAGGAAGACAUACUUUUGGAAAUGGACCGCAUAUUGCGACCAGAAGGGGCAGUCAUCAUCCGAGACGAAGUUGAUGUCCUCAACACGGUUAGGAAAAUCGUAGCAGGCAUGAGAUGGGAUUCAAAAUUAAUGGAUCACGAGGAUGGGCCCCUGGUGCCCGAGAAGAUAUUGAUUGCUGUGAAACAGUACUGGGUUGGCAACACCAAAUCCAGUGAUGAAUGAAUUUCAGUGUCCAGGUUGGGGUUGGGGCCAUGAAAAUUAAAGCAAGUUAUGUCACCUUGAAUGUGUCCUGAAUUGGCAUCCUCACCAGUGGCAUUUGUAAGCAACCAAAUUUUUUUUUUUUAGGUGGUAAGUAGCAUACAAUGGAACUGGAAGAAUGUAAUUUUCAUAGCCUUUGUUUAAAUAAUUUAAUUACAUCUCAAAAAUGUUAUAGUGAUGUAAAGAAAUACAUUCAUAAUUAUCAUCAUGUACUCAAACAAUUAUAUGGUGAAUAUUGGGGCAAUCAAAAGUGAUCUGAUGUAAA